GUCUACAUCCACUCAAAUCACACCACCCCAUACCCAACUGAUUAACAACCGUUUAGGUCAGCAUGUCGCGCGGAAAACCGGUAAACUAGACCGGUGGUUGCGGCUGUGUGGUCACAGAUUACGCUGAGCUGUCGAAAUGAGGACACGGCUCGAGUCUCUUGAAUAAAAAACGUUCACCUCAUUAGGAACACAAAGGGAAACUAAUCCCUGACCCACGCGUUUGGCAGGAUUUGAGGCGUUGGUGAGCGUGAACGCACUGACAUUCAAAACUGGGAUGAUUAUGUUUGUUAUUUUCAUAGUACCGCACCUUGUGGAUACAGUGGACAUGGCAGCACUCACUCAGGCGUCAAUUUCUCCUCCCGAAACGUCACUUCCACGGGAUAUCUGAAACUUUUCCAAUGCUGCAAUACCGUGGGAGUCUAUGAGGCUGUGUGGGAGGGAUCUCCCGUCCUAAAUCAACUAGGUGAGGAAACUUCGGGAUUUAGGAUUCUGGAGGCUACUAUAGCGGCGCUCGCGGUCUCAUUGGCCAUUUGAAGGUAGUCUAUUUUUUGAAAAUGUUGUUUGUCUCUCGAGUCUAACACAACAAGGAAGUAUUCACAAUAGCCUUGCUGAUUUGGUGGUCGGUUGGGUAACGAGAGACUUUUUUUUGGCUAGUGAGUAGGUAAACGUUUUCACCUUUUUCGAUUUGGAUAUAUUGCGAGCGAUUCCGCAUCAUGUAACAACGGAUGGACACGCGCUUCCAAUGCGAACCGAUUGAAUAACUUCUAACCUAUUCAAUUACUUUUUUUCUUCGUUAUUAAUUUAGUCAUAAAAAGGAAUAGGACAGAACAUUUGGCCAUAUUGUUGCAGACAUUUGGCAUAGAAAACCACCCCAAAAGGUGAUACAUCAAGAAGAAAAAGCGAUAAUCAAAACCCAAUGGGAUAAACAUAUUCGAGUCAAUUAUCACCGUCAACCCACGGUGACUGAUCCCUAAAGUGGAUCCCCCUUCCCGGGUAUUAUUCUAGCUCGUGCGUGUCCGGUGAACGAGGAGAUGAGCAAGGCGAGAUGGGACAGUGUCUCAGUUCAGAACAAGACCUAACGGAGGAGGGGAAGAAGGCGAAACUUCAGAGCGCGAAGAUAGACAGGGACCUGUAUGAAUACGCCAAGAGGGAGAUGAACGUGGUCAAAAUUCUAAUGCUCGGAGCAGCAGAGAGUGGGAAGAGUACUCUGGUCAAACAGAUGAAGAUCAUCCACAGCCACGGCUUUACCAAGCAAGAGCUGACCAGCUUCAAGCCGGCGGUGCUGGACAAUCUUCUGACCUCUAUGAAGUUUGUCCUCCACGGGAUGGGCAUUCUCCGGAUCAACCUGACUAACAGCAAGAACAAGGUGCACGCCCACUCUGUGUUGUCCUGCGGGAGGUGUUUUGAUGAGGAUCAGGUGCUGUUUCCUUUCAUUGGCCACGCCCUUUCCUGUCUGUGGGCUGACCAGGGGGUCCGAGAGGCCGCAGCCAGGGGUUACGAGUUUGAACUCAACGACUCUGCCCUGUAUUUCUUUGAGAACAUGGGUCGUAUCAUCUCUCCGGACUACGUUCCCACGGAGACGGAUGUCCUGAGGGUCAGACUGAGGACCACCGGGGUCAUAGAGACGCAGUUCAAAGUCAAACACCUGCUCUUCAGGAUGUAUGAUGUGGGGGGUCAGAGGACCGAGAGGAGGAAGUGGAUUGGUUGUUUCGAGGACGUCCGGGCCGUGGUAUUUGUUGUUUCUCUCAGUGGAUACGACAUGACUCUAGUAGAGGACCCAUGUAUGAACCGCCUACAGGAGAGUCUGAAACUCUUCUCUUCCAUCUGCAACAACAUCUUCUUCAAGAGUACCUCAAUGAUCUUAUUUAUGAACAAGAUCGAUCUUUUUCAAGAGAAGGUUUUACAUUCGGGGCGGCAUCUGCGGCUGUAUGUGCCGCAGUUCAAAGGUGCAGACUGUGACGUUGACGCUGCGGCCCGGUACAUUGCCGGAAUGUUUGUGUCUCUCAACGCCACGCCCAGCAAACUCAUCUACCACCACUUCACCACGGCAACGGACACCUCCAACGUACAGAUUGUCUUCCAGGUCGUCAUGGACACCAUCAUCAAAGAGAACCUAGAGGCCGUCUCUCUGCUUUGAUUGGUUCUAAGAGUUCCUAUGAGUUCUAACAGUUCCGAUGGUGCUGGUUGGCUUCUGGACUCUGGGGUGAAGUUUCCCUCGGUACAGAGCUAGACUCAGCUUCCCCUCACCAAAUCAUAACCUUAAAGGGUCAAUCAGCUGUUGCUACGUCCAUUUUUGGACUUAGCAACUGGCCCAUUGAUUCUUGAAUGUAACUUAUAAAUGCCUCAUGAGCUUCAUUCAAAAUAUAAGCUUGUUUUACUCCGUUUGUAAACAACGUAAAUGUGAACAAAUAGCCUCAACGUGGUUAAAACUAGAAUGUUGAUAUCAUGGAUUGACAGUCUUUGCAUCCAUAGCUCUAGCUAUGCGUUUGAGAGAGGUUACAAUUCUCCAGCCUCGUCCCUCAGCUGUUUACCAAAACGGGCGGGGAGACGGUUUGUUAUCGUUUCAACUGCUGAUUUCCCCUUUAACCGUUAGUGGGGAUAAUGGAAAACUGACCCAAGAUCAACUGCUGAUUUCCCCUUUAACCGUUAGUGGGGAUAAUGGAAAACUGACCCAAGAUCAGUGACUAGGGGCUCCGUCACCCUACUCCGUUUUCUGGUUCUGGAAGAAAAGCGUGUUGAAGUCGACUUCAUAAUGAAAGACCCCUCGGUUCAGUUCCUCAGGAACUGUUUACAUGACUUCACGGAACGAGGAGGAGGUCCAUUGGAGAACAUUUCACUUCCUGGAACGAGGACGAGGUCCAUUGGAGAGCAUUUCUCUUCCUGGAACGAGGAGGAGGUCCAUUGGAGAACAUUUCUCUUCCUGGAACGAGGACGAGGUCCAUUGGAGAACAUUUCUCUUCCUGGAACGAGGACGAGGUCCAUUGGAGAACAUUUCUCUUCCUGGAACGAGGACGAGGUCCAUUGGAGAACAUUUCUCUUCCUGGAACGAGGACGAGGUCCAUUGGAGAACAUUUCACUUCCUGGAACGAGGAGGAGGUCCAUUGGGGAAACAUUUCUCUUCCUGGAACGAGGACGAGGUCCUUUGGGGAAACAUUUCACUUCCCUCUCCUUGUUUUUGUGAACAAUCAUGGACUAUGGUACAUAUUUAUUUGUGUUAUUGUUGUUGUUAUGCAACCCUAAUCAGAAUAUGAAUAAUACAACAUCAACAUUUUAAUUCUUAACAUACUUGUUAUAUUUCUUAUUCGUACCAGAGCUCAUUGGAGGGACCCUGUAGACGGUAAUGAUAGGCUUCCUCUCAGCUUUGGUUGCUCGGUUACUGUCAUCCAGCUAAAUGCUCACUCAGCUUAGUGCAUGUCUUAGUGUGUGUGGGGGCAGGCAGGCAGGAGGAUUUACCGUUUGUCCAUUAGAUGCGCGGGCAGUGUGGUACUGAUGUGGAGGUGUGGAGUUAUGGGUCCCUCAUCCAUACAGACUGUGUGUGUGAGGUAAGGGGUUCACUCAUCCAUACUGUGUGUGUGUUAAGGGGUUCACUCAUGCAUACAGACUACGUGCAUUUUCCUUCCAUCCAUCAAUGCCUAUCACUCCUUAAUGGGACAGAGAUCACAGAAAACAACUGGCUUUAUUUAACUGCAGUAAAUCUCAUCACUCUUGUGUCCUGCUCUCCUUUCCCUCCCUCUCUCUCUCUCUCCCUCUCUCAAACACCUCUUCCUUUUUCUCUCUCUCCUCUUUUUUCUUAAUUUACAUGUUUUAUUCUGUCAUUCAUUUGGGGAUUUUUGUCUAAGUUGCUCAACAGACAAGUAUCUGUUGGAAGACUAUUGCUAUCAAACUAUUGUCUAAGCAUUUGAGAAAUAAAAUCUUACCAUUAUGUAUUUAUGUGAA